AAAAAACAGAGCAGCAUCGACGGUUUACUGCCCGUCCUCAACUCGUGUUCCUUCUUUCCCCUUUCCCCUCUCGCCUCUGCUGCCCUCGCCGAGUCCACCCAAUCCCCCGCGCGGCGACGCUAGUCGCCUCCGAUGGCAGCCCGGCGCGGGCCCCACGUCAUCAAGCUUCACGAUCCCAACCCGCCCCUCCUCGGACGGGCGCCGGGGGCCGCGCCGGCCGCCGUCCCCGCGUCCUCGCGCGAUGAGGGCCUCCUCGCGCAGCACCUGCGCGCCUCCGCGGCGCACCCGGCCUUCGCCCUCAUCGAGGAGCGCCUCGCCGCCCGGGACCAGGAUAUCCAGGAGCUCCUCGUCGACAACCAGCGGUUCGCUGCCACCCACGUCGCACUCCAGCAGCAGCUCAUAGCGGCGCAACACGAGCUCCGGGCGGUCUCCGUCGCCGCCACCAGGGCGCGCGCCGAGCGGGAGGGCGAGGUGCGCUCCCUGGCCGACCAGGCGGCGCAUAUGGAGGCUGAGGCGCGGGCCAUCGCCGCUGCGCGCGCGGAGAUCGACCAGGUCCACGCCGACGUCCAGGUGCUCGCCGCGGCGCGCACCGACCUCGUCAACAGGCUCCAGGUCCUACGGGAGAAGCUCGCGCACAAGAAGGCUGAGGCGAGUAAGACCGAUUCCGUCCGUCCCCAGAUUGAAACCAUGCGCCGGGAGAUCCAGAACGGCAGAGCUGCGGUUGAUUUUGAAAAGAAGGCACACUCUGAUAACCUCGAACAAAGUAAAGCAAUGGAGAAAAAUAUGAUUGCUGUGGCUAGUGAGAUUGAGAGGCUUCGAGGAGAGCUUGCAAAUGCUGAAAAAGGGGCCACUGCUGUCAACCCAGCAGCAGCUGUUGGUAACUCUGGGUAUGCUGCGCCUUAUGGCAAUUCUGCGUCAACAUAUACUGGAAUGUAUGGCAAUCCUGAUGCAACGUAUACCGCGCAGGCUUAUCCUGACGCUUAUAGCACUAAUCAGGGUCACAUGCACACCGUCGCCAAUCCGCAUUACAUGAGUCAACCUGUUCCCUAUGGACAAUACGAGAGCCAGCACACCAAUGUUCAAAGAUGACUGGCUGCAAGAGAUAGCUUUGACUCGCCUGCCAUCUCAUUGUAACAGGAUAGUCGCAGAAUCCACCAUGUUACAUUGAAAGUGCUGAAGUCCUCAUGUUCAUGAUUUUUUUUUUAUUUAUUUGGCUAAUUUGUUCCAGAAUCGAUGGGUUGAAUUUUGGAGCAAAAACCUCUCGCGCCUCUCCAUUUACUACCCUGAUGAUUCCUCAGUUAGUGAUGGUGUUAUUCAGGGACGAUGAUGCCUCUAGCCUUUUACGAAUGCGACCGUCCAUGCUCGCCGAGAUCAAGCUUAGGGCAUAUUUGGGAGUAAAGUAUUUUUAUAGUUUCUUGAUAAUGCUAUGUUUUUAAUAAUAUUUUAGUAUUUUAUAUCAUAAGAUGUUUGGUUGUGUUUCU